AGCACUCACAGUCACAGAGUUAGAGCGCAACUCUCACUCCAUUAGAGAACAGCAAGGAGGUCAGCUUCGGUUCUUUGGCAGAGGAAGAAGAGAGAAGAAAUGGGAGCAAUUCUCAUGCAGCAUCACCAAAUCUCUCGCAAUCCUCUACAAAAAGUCAUCUUCCCCGGAUCAUUUGCUCUCCAAAGAGAUAUUGUUCUCCAUCGCGCUCCACGACGGGGUUCUCUACCGUGCUCAUCUUCAUUGACGGUCAGAGCAGAAGCCAACGGGUACUCACCUUCAAGAAUGGCGGUCAAGAAGCACAGCAAAGAAGAGCUCAUAGAAUUCUUCGGGGCCAUCCAGGCCGCCAUUGCCAGGGACUCGCCCAAGGCGCCCGGGAGGACGAGGAAGCCGUCGUCGCCGGCUGACACGCUCGAAGAGGCUGGCACGAAGAUGCAACCAUACGAGGAACUGCACCAAGACGGGCAGCCAAAUUUGGAGGACAUGAAGGUGCCUGAGCUGAGGGACAUGGCGAGGGAGAGGGGGAUGAGAGGUUACUCCAAGCUGAAGAAAGGGGAGCUGAUUGAUCGUCUGAGGGGUGCCUGGUCGUCUGAUAAUUAACAAGCCUUCCUCUCCGAGAUAGGAACAGGCAGACGCCAGUGCUGGCUGUUUGGCCCAAUUGGUGCAGCUUACAAUCGACUUUUCUUGCGUCUGUUGUUUUCUUUGUUAGAUACAGUAUCUUCCAAAGAGGCAGAAGCUCUGCAGUUGGACACUAGGUCUGCAUUGUUUUCUUGCAUCUAUCCUUUGCAUGGUCUGUUUGUACUCCCUCCCUACCUAAAUAAUUGUAGUUGGGAAGUACAGAGGGAGUAGUUUUGUUGCUUUCAUUUUCGUAUCGUCAAGUUUCUGAAUUUCAACCCACCUUACGAUA